AUGUCCAUCCAAUCCGUGGCGGUCGAGCAGACCAAGACGCCUCUUCCUCCAGCUCCCGAGGGUGUUCUGAACACUGCACAAUGGAGCAUCUUCUCCGCCAUCGCCACUACAAUCGUUCCGUCCAUCGCUCAGUCCGCCCAGGGCAACAGACUGCUGCAACUGCCGGUGCGUAAGGAGCUCUACAACCCGGCCGUUAGCCGCAUUGCGAAUCUGUGCCCGGAGAACGAUGCUGGACUCAUCACGGCAUAUCUUGGUGAGAGCGCCACAACCUCUCCACAGUUCCAGGAGCAUGUCUUUCGGUUGAUCAACAAUCACAUGAGCGAAACUGAUCGAAAUGGAUUACUCUUCAUCUUGAACGCUCUCAACACACGAGCCGGCUCUCUCCUCUUGACCGGCCACGCGACGACAAUUGAUUGCUUGCCGAUUCGAGACCGCGAACAGAUCAUCCUCGGAUGGGCCCGCUCUCGUAUUCCGCUAUUGCGCGGACUCCACCGGUCGUUGACUUCCCUAUCCCGAGCAUACUGGAUGAGAACGUCGUCGACACUUCCACGCCUACUUGCUCACCCCAACACUCCCAUCGAUGCCGCUCUGCCGAAUGCCGGGUUUGAGUUCCGCUUCAUCCAGAUCCCACCCUCCGCUCCUGAGGAUGUCGAAGUCAUCGAGACGGAUGUGGUGAUAGUAGGUUCAGGAUGUGGUGGUGCUGUUGUCGCAAAGAUUUUGGCUGAGGCCGGCCUCAGGGUCAUCGUGGUGGAGAAAUCCUACUACUGGUCGCCAGAGUACCUCCCCAUGACUGAAGCAGAUGCGCCAUAUCUCCUCUUCGGCAACGGCGGUGGACACAUUUCCAACGAUUCAACCAUGACCGUCGUGCCCGGUCAAACCUGGGGAGGCGGCGGUGUAGUCAACUGGAGUGCCUCCCUCCAACCACAAGGUUUCGUCCGCAGGGAGUGGUCCGAGAAAUUCGGCCUCAAGCACUUCACCACCUCCGCCUUCCAAGCCGACCUCGACGCCGUCUGCGAGCGCAUGGGCGUCGGCCUGACCAACGUCAAACACAACAAAGCCAACACAGUCCUGAUGGAAGGCGCCCGCAAACUGGGCUGGUCCGCGAAACCCGUCCCUCAAAACACCGGCGGCGAACUCCACCCAGACGGCUACUGCACACGAGGCUGUCGCUCCUGCGGCAAAAAGGGCCCCACCGUGACCUUCCUCCCCGACGCCGCCAAGUGCGGCGCCCGCUUCAUCGAAGGCUUCGACGUGCAAGAAAUCCUCUUCGGCGCCACCAACCCCGACGGCACAAAGCAGACAACCGGCAUAAAAGGAAUCUGGACCUCCCGUGACGGCCACGGCGGCGUCGCCGGUCCAGACGUCACCCGUCGCCAACUCAUCAUCAACGCCCGCCGCACCAUCAUCUCCGGCGGCAGCGUCUACACUCCCAUCCUGCUCUCCCGCUCCGGUCUCAAAAACCGGCACAUCGGCCGCCACCUCCGCCUCCACCCGGUCGCGAUGCUCGGCGCCGUCUGGGACGAGGACGUCCGUCCCUGGGAAGGCGCCAUCCUCACUUCCGUAUGCAACGAAUUCGAAAACCUCGACGGAGAAGGCUACGGCGCGAAACUCGAAGCCACGACGAUGAUGCCCUCUUCUUUCCUCCCCUUAUUCCCCUGGACGGGAGGUCUCCAAUUCAAAGAAUUCACCGCCAAAAUGCGUCGCAUGACGGGCUACAUCGCCCUCGCUCGCGAUCGCUAUGGAGGCCGCGUCUUCCCGGAUCCGAAGGAACCCGGCCGAGCGAUCAUCCAGUACCAUCCGAGCAAGUACGACAAACAACAUAUCCUCGCCGGUCUGGUCGGAUUAGCGGAGAUCAUGUACGUCGAAGGCGCGCGCGAAAUCUUCGCCACGAUUCCUGGGUUGGAACCUUUUGUCCGCCCGUCUUCCGACGCAGCUGCCAAUAUCUCGGUCCACUCCACCGCUUCCCCGUCCGUGUCCGACGAAGCAUUCCAAUCCUGGUUGCACAAGUUGAAGACGAUCGGUUUUCCGUACCCAGACACGGGUUUCAUCUCCGCGCAUCAGAUGGGUUCUUGCCGCAUGGGUAGCUCGAAGCAUAACUCGGUGGUGGAUGGCAAGGGCAAGGUGUGGGGUGCUGAGGGGUUGUAUGUCGCGGAUGCGAGUGUGUUUCCAAGUGCGAGUGGUGUGAACCCGAUGAUUACGGUUAUGGGGAUUGCGAGGGGGAUUGCAAGGGGGAUUGUGGAGGAGGAGGGGUUGGUGUUGGGUGGUGGAGAGGGGAGGGCGAGGUUGUAG